CUCCGUUUUGCUAGGGUGUACCUUCAUGCUCCACAGCGUCUUUAGCAUCUUUGCAGGAAAAUAUUGCGCUUCUCUUAGCGAUGAUCUCCUUCUGUUGCUCAUUUGAUUUACACCAGAUCAAUUUUCAGAUCAUGUCACUCAUGUCUGCUUAUCAUUUGACACUUCAGAUCGUUUCGCCAAAAGAAGCAAUGAACCAUCGCCGAAUCAUUAAGCCUUUCACAGCGCAUCCUCAUGAGAACCGCAACCUCUGCCCAGUACAAUCCUUUAUAGUUCUGAGAGAUCAUCAGCCUUUGGUUUCAUAUGCUCUUCGCGCCUCUCUCUUCGUCCAUUCUUUGCAGCCUGAUGAACCAUUGGCAACCUCAGCGGCCUUUACCUGGCUCCCCAUUACCGACGAGAAACAUAUGCCUCUGUUCGACUUUAUCGACGUUCUUCUCUCUGCUUCCGGCUAUACCGAGCCGACGCUCUCCAGUGAUGCCAUAGACACUGAAGCAGAACAAGGUCAAGCCUUUGAUGCCUUAGAGUCUUGGUUUCAAUGCGAACUCUGA